CUCGACUUCCGCAAGGCCCGUAGCAGACGACCACCGACGAACGAAGGUUGUGUUCAUGUCAUCAGGGUCAUAGCUUGUGGCGGACCUACCUCGCUGUUUCGGCGUGCAUUCCGAAAAGCGGCAGUAUUUCAUAGUGAAGUAAACUAUAAACGGCAAUCAUCAUGCUGAACAACUGUGCCCGCACCCUGGGCCGUCAAGCCAACAAGUAUGGGAGGUUGUACGGCACUGGAAAUGAUGUUGUGUCGAGAAUGAUUCCUGACUUUGUGGAUAUGUCCAUGAACACAAUCUCUUCCUUCUUUGCCACAAGCAAAAACAAUUAUGCCACUGAGGCAUCAUUUGAAACUAAGCCUUACAAAGUUCACAAGCUCGACACGACUCCCUCCACAUCAGUAACAUGCACAAGAGAUGAAGCUCUCUUGCUGUACAGAAAAAUGCAGACCAUCCGUCGUAUGGAAACAAGCGCUGGCAAUCUCUACAAGGAAAAGAUUAUCCGAGGUUUCUGCCACCUUUACUCUGGUCAGGAAGCUGUGGCUGUCGGUAUGUCUGGAGCCAUGAGGCCCCAUGACAUGGUGAUCACUGCCUACCGUGCCCAUGGCUGGACUUACAUCAUGGGCAUUGACCCUCUGGGAGUUUUGGCUGAAUUGACUGGCCGAGUGUCUGGUUGCUCAAGAGGUAAAGGUGGUUCCAUGCACAUGUACAGUAAAAAUUUCUUUGGAGGCAACGGCAUUGUUGGUGCGCAGGUUCCUCUUGGGGCUGGAUUGGCCUUUGCUCAAAAGUACAAUGGCAAUGAUGGUGUUUGCAUUGCUCUUUAUGGAGAUGGUGCCUCUAACCAGGGCCAGGCUUUUGAGGCUUACAACAUGGCCAAACUUUGGGACCUUCCCUGUAUUUUUGUUUGUGAAAAUAAUGGCUAUGGUAUGGGCACCAGCAAUCAGAGAUCAUCUGCAAGCACUGCCUACUACACUAGAGGAGACUACAUUCCUGGCAUCUGGGUUGAUGGUAUGGAUGUGUUAGCUGUCCGUGAAGCAACCCGUUACGCCAUCGACUACUGCAAGUCUGGAAAGGGACCCCUCGUUAUGGAAACCUUCACGUACAGAUAUUCAGGACAUUCCAUGUCUGACCCCGGCACCAGCUACCGUACCCGAGAUGAGAUCCAGGAAGUGCGACAGACUCGUGACCCCAUUACCUCCUUCAAGGACCGCAUGCUCUCAUCUCAGUUGGCGACCGCUGAAGAACUCAAGAAACUGGACAAUGAAAUCAAAGCGCAGGUUGAUGAAGCCACAAAGAAGGCCAAAGCAGACCGCGAAAUUGGACUGGAUGAGCUACCUGCUGACAUUUACAGCCAAUCAUUAGAGCCCACUAUUCGUGGGACUACUCCCUGGAAUGGCAUGCCCCACAAACAUGUUGGUGUAUCUUCAUAAAAAAAUUUACAUAAAAGAAACAACAAACGUCCUUCUUUGACCCUGCAAUUUUAUUUAAUCAGGCAAAACUUUCCUUGUACCUUAGAUUUUUCAGUAAUAUUUUCUAGUCUGGUUUUACUGUUCUGUUAAAUAUUGUAAAUAGAAAAAUGUGUUAUUUGUUAAUUCAAUUUGUUUCCAAGAUUUUAUUUAAAUUUAAAACGGUAGUGGAGAGAUGAUGAAUGUCCCACAAAGUUAUUGUUGUCACUUAAUCUGAUUCUGUGCAUGUACCAGUGAUAAUGAGCCAGUGAAUUUUUAGUAUUGUAAAGAAAUAUGUAAUCAAUAACAAAUGAGUCUCUGUGAGAAGAAAGUAUGCAUGCAAGGACAAUAUGAAUGAUAUUGAAUGUUAUGUGGAAAUAAACGGGUCAAUUCUUGCCUGAUA